ACCAGAGUCAUGGAACCCAUGAGUCUGCCCCGAUGAAAGUGGGAAAAGGGAAAAUUUCUUAGCAGACGACAGGGAAAUCAAAAAUCAAACUGAAAAAUUUUGCAUCCACAAACCACAAUGUCAAUAUUACGAAAGGUUUUUUCCGACUUCCAUGUAUCGAAUUUUUAUAGAAUCACGGGGUCUAAAUUAUUACCCGUAAGAGUAGGAUACUCAACAGCCUCUAGUACAAGUAGUCAACCUGAAGAUGAUCUACCAGCAGAAAACCUAAGUAAUCCAUAUCAAAAGGAAAAACGCUGCUGUGUUUUAUGCAAAUAUGGUGUGGAAGUUGACUACAAGAAUGCACGUUUGCUAUCUCAAUUUUUGUCUCCCUUUACAGGCAAAGUUUAUGAAAAAAAUAUUACUGGACUGUGCAAAGCCAAACAGAAAUCUGUUGAAAGGGAAAUCAUCAAGUCACAAAAUGCAGGCUAUUUAGCUGUUAUGCUGAAAAAAGUAGAAUAUAUAAGAGAUCCAAAGUUGUGUGACCCAAGUAGACCAAUAAGGCCUCAUCGCUACUAAAUUGUCAUUUUGAAUUAGACGAUUACCAAUACAAAUUUAAAGUAUA